AUGAACGACGUCGACGUUACUUCUCCACUAGUCCUCUCAUUCCCUGCUAUUCUUCGCAAUCCAGGUCUUGCUCACCUCAACCAGGCAAAGAAACGACAACUUCAACAGCGCGACCAGAACGAAGGCAAGCGUUGGCUCAGACGGAAAGAUAACGCCCGCUUCGCCGGGAACCCCCAUGUCAUCGCCGCGACCAAGAGUGAUUAUGUCCUACAUCCCCAACAAGCCCGCGCUACAUUCCCAGAGCCCCUCCCUUCCUUCCUUCCACGCACCGCAAAGGUGCCUGCCAUUACCCCGCCCACCACUGAUCCCGCCUCGGCUAAUGCGGGUCGAUUUUCUCUCAGCUUGAAAGGCAUGCGAAAGGAGCUGAGGAGGUCUGGGGGUAGAGCCGAAGCUCUUGUAAGGGACAUCGAGACUGAGAUGGUUGAAUGGCUGAGACAGGGUGGGACCCUUCUCGCCCCAAGGGGUGUAGACAGCCAGCUCGUGAACGAUGAUAUGCAUGGAACCCCUGUAGGGGAGACGGGCUCCAUCACAGAGGUCUCUCGGACUCCAUUGCAGCUCAUUUGGCGCAUCUCUGACGAUGCGUUUGCGCGUUACGUGGUACAUUGCUGUGCCCGUUACCAUGAAGUUGUCAGCUUCAGUAAAGGGGACUCUGAUCAGCGACUUACUUAUCUGCUUCGUCCGAAUGUCACAAGGCCAGACCACCACGCCGCAGUAGCACUCGACACCCCCCCAGUUACUGAUGUGGAUUACUCCUCCAAUCCAGACUUGGACACCGAUGACAACAUUGAUUCAGACUUCAUAACAGACCGAGAACUAGAAUCUGAUGUCGAUGUGGCCGAACCCACUCUGCCAGCAAUGGCCGUGUCACCGCGCAUCGGCUCAUCUGAUGAUUCAUGGUCCCUUGUCGGCGACGCCGACAUCGAGGAGGCAGACAUUCUAGAAGUGGAAUCUCAAGUUGAGGCUCUAUCGCUAUCACCAUCAUCACCUUUACAAGGGCCCACCCAAGAAGAACUUGAAUCAGCCGAUGUCGCCAGUCCCCGCCGUGCGCACCCAUUCAGUUUGUACAGACCACACCCGCUACGUUUCUCCCGCCGCGCCGCGCGUUCAGCGUCUUCGCCUUCACGCUCUCCUGCCCGUACUCCAGCCCGAUGGAAAAGCCAAACAAAGAGACAUAUUGACCUGGUGGGAGGGAGAGUGAGUUUCUAUCAUUAUUUGUUCUCGUGA